GCUUCACAGCUCCUCUCAUACCCGCCUCACAGAUACGUGAUUUUUUUUUUUUGCAUUCAUUACUAGUUAGUGCCCUGUUUCUUACAUCAUGUACACGCCCUCUUCCAGUUCAAGGUAGUCCAGAGCUUCUAGAUCACCACAUUGAUUUUAGUUGUCGCUCCCUCUCAAACAGCUCAGAUCACCUAGCCAUCAGGGACGGCUACUGUUUUCAUCCCAGGUGAGAGUCCGGGAGUCGACAACUCCCAUCAGUGGUUAUGGGAGUUUCCUCACAAGUGUGGAAACUUCAACUUCUCACAAAGGUGCUGUUAAUCAUUUGAUCACAGACCUCCCCAUUCAGGCCUCUGAGACCGUGAAGGCCUCAGCACUAGAACCUUCGGAAGGUUCUUUUCUCUGUUGAGGCCAGGUAAUCCCAGCAUGCCUCUCAUUCCUGUGUUCCGGCUUCACCCGACACUGCCCCAGCCACUGCCCCCCUCCUCGCGGUUCCAUUCCCCAGGUGUGGCGCGCUUACUCUGUACUGGGCUCUGUGGAGCUAUAUAUUGAAGACAAUGUCGGGAAGCUUCUACUUUGUAAUUGUGGGCCACCAUGAUAAUCCGGUUUUUGAAAUGGAAUUUUUGCCAGCUGGAAAAGCAGAAUCCAAAGACGAUCACCGUCAUCUGAACCAGUUCAUAGCUCAUGCUGCUCUUGACCUCGUAGACGAGAACAUGUGGCUGUCCAACAACAUGUACUUGAAAACUGUGGACAAGUUCAAUGAGUGGUUUGUUUCGGCAUUUGUUACUGCAGGUCAUAUGAGAUUUAUUAUGCUCCAUGACAUAAGGCAAGAAGAUGGGAUAAAGAAUUUCUUCACCGAUGUCUAUGAUUUAUACAUAAAGUUUGCAAUGAAUCCAUUUUAUGAACCCAAUUCUCCUAUUCGAUCAAGCGCAUUUGACAGAAAAGUUCAGUUUCUUGGGAAGAAACAUCUUUUAAGUUGAAUGUGGAAAAAUCUGGAAAUAAACAAUACCACUACAAUGGGGUAUUCUCAGGAAUGUGUAUGUUGUAAGUAACUUGACUAAAUAGCCUGGAAGUUUUACUUGUAGUCUAAAUUUAUCUAAACCUAAUGAAUUCCUUGUAUUAUUUCAAAACAGUACAUUCAGUUUCUUAACGAUUGUCAACAGAUUAUCAAUAUUUGCUUGUAAACAGUGUUAUUUAUAAACUCUUUAUAACCUUGAAAAUAUCUUUAUUCUAAAACUUAAAGAUGAGCUUUUGACUUUACUCAUUCAGACAGCUUGAUCUUGAUGUCACAAUUCAGAACUAAAUGUCCUUGUCAAGAUUUUGGUAGACAGAUUUCAAAGUUUCUGCUAUAGGGAAUGAAGCUGAUAGCGUGUGCAUGGGUUUCUAUACAUCUAUACUGUUAUAAAACCACGCAGGCAGUAUACAUAGCACUCCACAAGAGGCCGAAGCAAGCAGCUUUUGCGGUGCCAAACACCAAGGCCUGUCUCUGUCAGAGUGAUUCUGCUAUAAAUCAAGAAUCCAUGUUGUAAAAUGGGAGGCUGGGACCAAAGUGACAGGUUAUGUUCUUACAUUGUCUUUCCUCUGACAGUAAAGUAAGCGAACUUGUUGACAGUUAUAAUAGUAAAAUGUUGUAAUUCUGGAAUUGUAAACAAAGAAAAGUUUAUAUUACAUUAACAUUUGCAUUCUUAGCUUUUUUAGGCUGUACACCAAGGGGGUGGGGAGUGGUCUGUAACCAGUGGGAUCUUACUGUAAACUAGUAAAUGUCCAUUUAAAAGCAAGUUAUAACCAGAUAUUUUCUGUGCUAAUUUUGAGCACUUAAUUUUUUUCCAUCCUGAGUAACUUGAGCAAGUAGUUCUAAGUUUGGUCUCAUACCGUUGUGUGAAGUUGCUACCGUAAUGUUUUACUCUACCUAUUUAUUUGAUUUCUUUAAUAAAGAUGUUUGUCCAAGAUUA